AUGAAGGUUUCUUUUGCCGCUCUCCUCACCCUGGCCGCUGCUGCCUCUGCCGCUCCUGCUGGCCUCACCAACUUAGCCGGUCUGACUGGCCUUACCUCCUCCAUCACCAGCCUGGCUGGUCUUCAGGGCAUUACCAAGACCCUCAGCCUUGGUGAUGUUACGAAGCAGCUGGGCGUCAGCAACCUCCCCGUCGUGUCCAAGCUUAGUGACGUGACCUCCCUCCUCCACCUGGGCAACGUUGCUUCCAAGAACGGCAACGCCGCCAUUGUCCAGAACGGCCACAUCGUCCAGGAUCUCGCUCCUGAGCUCAACAACGUUCUGACCAUCACCGGUCCCAACGUUCAGACUCUGCUCCUCGAGCUGAGCCCCGAGGUCACUGCCCUCGUCUCUGGCCUCGGCCUCCCCGGUCUGGGUGUCCCUCUCGGCUCCAUCGUUGCCUCCGCCAGCUCCCUCGGUGAGCUCGUCACUGGUCUCGGCCCUACCGUCGAGGGUCUCGUCACCGUCGUUGGCGCUGAUGUCGGUGCCCUCCUCAUCUCCCUCUCCCCCGAGGUUGCCGGCCUUGUCUCCGGUCUCGGUCUCCCCUCCGUCGGCAUCCCCGUCGGCACCAUCGUUGCUACCAUCGGUACCUCCCUCAAGCGUGAUGCUGCCCCCAGCGAGAUCGUCCAGGACCUCGUCCCCACCGUCGGCCGCAUCCUCACCGUCACCGGCCCCAACUCCAAGCAGCUCCUGAUCAAGCUCUCCCCCUCUGUUGCCGCUCUCGUUAACGGCCUCGGCCUGACCUCCAUCGGUGGCUCCGUCGGCUCCGUCAUCAAGACCGCCGGCAACAUCGGUGACCUCAUCUCUGACCUCUCCGGCCCUGUCAAGGGUCUCCUCACCGUCACCAGCGACGAUGCCCAGGUCCUCCUCAUCCAGCUCUCCCCUGAGGUUACUGCUCUCGUCACUGGCCUUGGCCUCCCCUCCGUCGGUGUCCCCGUUGGCGCCGUCGUUGCCACUAUCAGCAAGAACCUGUAA